GAACGGUCACCGACGCGUCUCCACACUGGGCGGGCAGGCUGCUCCCCAAAUCGCCUGCCUUCUCGUUGCAAACCCCGCGUCCGGCGUAUUGUAUAGCUGUAUCCUCUGCAGUCUGCAGAUAUCUCCCCCCACUCGAGCUUCCCCUAUAUAGCUGUCGCUGAGCUUUGAGCUGCUGCAUUCUCGGUUCCCCGCAAAUCCACUUCUGUUCCAACAACGUCGAGAGAUCCCAUUCUUGCACCAGUUCGUUAGGUUCGUUUAGAUCACAUUCCCAGGUUCGUUGUAGCCUGUACACCCGUGUUGCCUCAAUUUAAUUCGGGGAAGGAGGCAAAUUCGGAGGCAUCAGCAGAAGCCAGAAGGGAGAUCCAUGGCGUUGUUGUACGCGGAUCUCGACGCGCUCCGGGCGUCAGCGGCCGACGUGCGGAUCGUCACGUCCGACGGCCAGACCAUCGCCGCGCACUCCUACGUUCUUGCGUCGGCGUCGCCGGUGCUGGAGAGGAUGAUCGACAGGGCGCGCUGCCGCGGGUGGGGCGCCGCCGCCGACUGCACCAUCGCCGUCCUCGGCGUCCCCUCCGACGCCGUCCUCGCCUUCCUCCACCUCCUCUACUCCUCCGACGCCGCCGCCCUCGCCCGCAGCCGAAGGUUGGUGGCGCCCGGAGCGGAGGAUCUGGUGGCCGCGCACGGCCCGCAGCUGCUGGCGCUGGCGCACGCGUACCGCGUCGGGUGGCUGAAGCGCGCCGCCGAGGCGGCCGUGUCGGCGCGGUGGCUCACCGCGGACCGCGCCGUGGACAUGCUCAAGCUGGCGAGGCUCUGCGACGCGCCGCGCCUGUACGCGCGGUGCGCGCGCCUGGCCGCCAAGGACUUCGCCGCCGUCGAGGCGUCCGACGGCUGGCGCUUCGCGCGGCGCCACGACCCGGCGCUGGAGCUGGAGCUCCUCCAGCUGCUGGAGGACGCGGACACCCGGCGCGCGCGGUGGGCGCGGGCGCGGGCGUCGCAGGAGGCCUACCGGCAGCUCGGCCACGCCAUGGGCUCCCUCGACCGCAUCUUCGCCGCCGCCGGCGGCGGCACCGACGACGACGCGUCGUCCGCAGGCACGUGCCAGGACGGCGACGACGCCACGUGCCAGGGCUUGCGGCUGCUGAUGCGGCACUUCGCGACGUGCGCGCGCAAGGUGGCGCCGGGCGGCUGCGCGCGGUGCAAGCGCAUGCUGCAGCUCUUCCGCCUCCACGCCUCCGUCUGCGACCGGCCGGAGCAGGACCAGCCGUGCCGCGUGCCGCUCUGCAGCCAUUUCACGGCGAAAAUGCAGACUGAGAAGGCGGACAAGACAUGGCGGCUCCUGGUGAAGAAGGUGACGAGGGCUAGAGCGAUGGCCGGCUUGGCCAACAGGCAGGUGCCGGAGGUCGUGGCCAUGUCAUGGGCGAAGUACAGCACCAGCAGCAAAUGGGCGCGAAACUGAGAUGAACAGACACGCCUGUGGGAUGUGCAUGGUUUUGCUGUAGUCUGUAAUCCUUCUGCAAUUUUUUUUCGCUGUUGGACUGCGGCAAAAUUCAAUCUCGCAUCGAUGGAGUCUGUCUGAGAUAAAAUAGGCGGAGUCGAUCUAUACCGGAUAGAUUUAGUGUUUAUUUUUAGAGAGAUAUAAAGAGAAUAUAUAUAUAGUGCUAUGUAUAAUAUGUUCGUUUAAUAAAUUGUAGCAGUACAAAUUCCAUCUUUCUUUUA